AUGACCAUGGUGAACGAGCUCAUGGGGUGGGACUUCGGCAUGGGCUUCAUGAACUAUGGCGAACGAUGGCGCACACAUCGGCGGCUUAUGCAUCUUUCCUUUCACCCGGCGGCAGUCCUCAAAUAUAGGCGCCAGCUUCUACGCUCGACCCGCAAUUUAUUGAACAGGUUUUUGGAUUUCCCCGACGACAACGUCAUUGAAAAUGUCAGACACAUGGCAGGCGAGACAAUCGUGUCCGUCGCAUAUGGAAUCGAAGUCCUGCCCAAGGGCGAUCCUUACAUCGCGGUGGCAGAAAAGAACAUGCGGGUCGGGGCCAUCGCGGCUGUUCCUGGAGCCUUUCUCGUCGACAACUUGCCAUUCCUGAAGUAUGUUCCAGACUGGUUCCCAGGCGCUGAUUUCAAGAGGAAGGCGAAAGAGUGGAAAGAGUUGGCUCGGUUAAUGAUCUAUCCUCCGUUUGACGUUGUCAAACGCAAUAUUGCUGCUGGAAGCGCACCGCCAUCCUUUGUUGCCAACGCAUUUGAUGAAAAGCUACGAGCGGGAUACAAAGAUGCAGCAUACCAAGAAGAUGUAAUUCGAGAAGUCUCUCUGUCGCUUUAUGCUGCUGGCUCCGAUACGACCGUGAACACCAUUGCCGUGUGCAUCCUAGGACUCCUCGACCACCCUGAGGUUCUAAAGAAAGCCCAAGUUGAAAUUGAUUGA